AUGAGUUCUUUGGAUAUAAAUGCGAAUUUGAUAAAUUCGUGGAAUAAUGCAUCCGAUUCACUUAAUCGUUAUUUUCCAAUAUUUAUUUAUACAUUUGGAAUUACUGGAAAUCUUCUAAAUAUUCUCGUUUUAUCUCAACGACCACUUCGAUUAAAUCCAUCAGCUCUUUUCUUUAUGUUUUCAUCGAUAUCAGGUCUUAUUGCGCUUAUCAGCGGUUUAACAACACGAAUGAUGGCUGGUUAUUCAAUUGAUAUGACAACAACAGUUGAUUGGAUUUGUAAAAUUCGUAAUUAUGUGUUAUAUAGUGCUCGAACAAUCACUCUUUGGUCAAUUGCAUUUGCAACAAUUGAUCGUUGGUUGGCAUCAAGUACAAAUGUUCAUAAAAGACAACGAAGUACAUUAAAAAAUGCUCAACGAAGUCUUUUCAUUGUUCAUAUUUAUGCAAUUCUUCUUAAUAUUCCAAUUCUUUAUUGUUAUCAAGCAAAUUUAACUGGAACUCUUCGAGGUUGUUAUGGUACAACAUAUCCUUGUCGUUUAAUCACUGAUUUUAUCUAUACAAUAGCUACAACAUUAUUUCCAUUGGUGUUGAUGAUUAUUUUUGGUUGUUUAACUAUUCGAAAUAUUCGUCAAACACGACAACGUAUUUUGAAUGUAACAAUGAUUGAAAUGAGUCAUGAACGUCCAACAACAACGGUACAUAUUCAUGGAAAACAUAAUAAAAAGACGGAAAAACAUUUACUUGAAAUGCUUGGUGUUCAAGUGACUUUAUUGGUGAUUUUAACAUGUCCACAUGGAAUUCAAAAAUCCUAUACAUCAAUAAUAUCUAAUCAAACAUCUUCAUCGUUACAAUCUGCAAUUGCAAAUUUUAUUUUAAAUUUAUUUACACUUUUAAAUUUUACAGCAAGUGGAAUUCCAUUUUAUAUUUAUACAUUAGCUGGUGGAAAUAUCUUUCGAAAUGCUUUAUUCGAUUUAUUCAAAAUGAUUUUUCGAAAAAUGGUUUGUCAUUGUUCUCAAAAUACCGUUUAA